AGCCGCCCAGGAGAAGAUGGCUGCGGCAGCAGUGUCCGGGCUGUCCCAGCAGGUGCGAUGCUUCAGUACAUCUGUGGCGAGGCCGUUUGCCAAGCUUGUGAGGCCACCUGUUCAGAUAUAUGGUAUCGAGGGUCGCUAUGCCACUGCUCUUUAUUCUGCAGCAUCUAAACAGAAUAAACUGGAGCAAGUAGAAAAGGAAUUGUUGAGAGUAGCACAAAUCUUGAAGGAACCCAAAAUGGCCACUUCUAUUAUGAAUCCCUAUGUGAAGCGUUCCGUUAAAGUGAAGAGCCUAAAUAACAUGACUGCAAAAGAGAAGUUUUCUCCCCUCACGUCCAAUCUGAUCAAUUUGCUUGCUGAAAAUGGUCGCUUGAACAAUACCGCUGGGGUCAUUUCUGCCUUUUCCACCAUGAUGAGUGUCCACCGUGGAGAAGUGCCAUGUACAGUUACCACUGCAUCUCCUUUAGAUGAAGCCACUCUUACUGAAUUAAAAACAGUCCUGAAGAGCUUCCUAAGUAAAGGCCAAGUGUUGAAAUUGGAAGUUAAGAUUGAUCCAUCAAUCAUGGGUGGAAUGAUUGUCCGUAUUGGAGAGAAAUAUGUUGAUAUGUCUGCGAAAACCAAGAUUCAGAAGCUGAGCAGAGCAAUGCGGGAGGUUUUCUAAAAGUGUUGAUUUUCUAAAAAUGAAAAUUCUUAAACUUGGAGCAACAAUAAAAUGCUUCCUGAACAGAA